AUGUCUACUACCUUCGAUCUUCGCAACCCCGGACGCCCAAUCCACGUCGGCGUUGUCUUGCUCAAUACCGUAACCGAGCACCUCGACAUCGCCCCCAUCGGUUUCUUCCACAACUUCGGCAAAGACUUCAUCAAGAACCUCCCACCCUUCGCCAUCUCCCCCGAACUCAGAUCCCAAGCCCUCGACUUCGUCACCCACUGGGUCACCGAAGAUGGCAAGACACCCGGUUCUCUGAGCGGAAACCUCAAAGUCAUCCCCACGGACUCCUUCACCACCUGCCCACCCCUCGACAUUGUCCUCAUCGGAGCCGGCCAAAUGGGGUACCAAGCCACCACCACAGAGAAGGACUUCCUCCGGAAGUGCUACGCGGAGUGUUCGGCGUUCCUGUCUGUUUGCGGCGCAUCAGACGCCCUUCUAGCGACGGGCAUCCUGGAAGGCAAGACGGCGACAGGUCCACUUUCGUUCUUGCCGUUGUUUCGCCAAAUGUCACCUGGAACCAACUGGGUGGAGAAGAGAUGGGUAAGGGAUGGGAAGAUCUGGACUACGGGGACGUUGUUGAAUGGGCUGGAUAUGAUUGCUGCGUUUGGGAGGGAGGUCUGGGGUGGUGAGGGGUCGUUGGUGGAACAUGUGCUUAGGACGGGGUAUUUUCCGAGCAGGGAUGUGGAUUAUGAGGAUGAGGUCCCAUUUGGAAGAAUGCCGUUCCAACAGACGGUAUUGGGAAGAAGUCACGGUGACGGAGAAGAGACAGUGUUGAUUCCAAUCAGGACGCGCAAAAUCCGGUGUAUACCCAACGAGAAAGGGAGCGGAACAGACGCCUGUCGAAGAUGCGCAAAGCUUGGGUAUACAUGUAUAAUUACGGGGAGUGUUUCAUCGACGACGAGUGAAAAGAGUCCGAGAAGCCAAGUAGUGAAGGCUCCUACUCAUCAUGGUAAUGAUGUUGUCUCGGGGCUGUUUCAGAAGAGGCCUAAAGAGGAGGACGACCAAGUGAUGCAGCUGCGCAAACUACAUCGCGGUCUAUUGCAAGGCCACACUGUAGAAGAAGGGGAUACUUGUACACCCAGAGAUACCACACCCAACGUCGGUGAUGCUGUAGACUGUGAGUUGAGGUCUAGCAGAAUGAACCUCAACAUGAACGAGGCCGAGGAGUUACUGUUACAGUUCCGGCAGCAAAGGGCAUACUUCCCGUUCAUUGAAGUGCCCGAGGUGACUACGGCAGCAUCAAUGGCAGCAUCGCAACCCUUCUUAUUACUGGCUAUUCUGACUGUGUCCUUGACGCGAAAGCCACUUUUGCAAAAGAGGCUGGAUGAACGUUUUCGUCGUGUGUUAAGUGAGCGGAUAAUAUUCUAUGGGGAAAAGAGCAUGGAUUAUGUUCAAGGUCUACUGGUUUAUAUGGCAUGGCGUCCCUUACAUAUCCGACCCCUCAGUCGCCAGGGCUCGCAAUUUAUGCAGAUACUUGUGACCAUGAUAAUUGACCUGAAGCUUACGGACAACAUGCAUGACAAGGCUGCCCGAGAUGUCUGCCUUGGGUGUUUUAGUCUUUCGUCUCUACCGUCUGUUGGCUUCCGCCGGCGUGGUGAUGAUGGGGCGUAUAAGUAUCUCAAAGAAGCGGUGGAUGCCAAUAAGCGACUAAAGCAGCCGUAUGAUGAGAGGUUCCAAUUGUCUGAACUUCACGUCCUAUUUGAGGAGAUCAUACGAUGCCAAUUCGAAUGUAGCUCGAUGAAAUGUCCGAUCAUCAAGACGCAAAGAAUUGAAGAGAAAAUGGAAUCUCUUCGCCUGGAGCUACAGAUAUUUGAACGAGUCCAUGAUGCCAACAGCAGUAUGUACAUCAACCUAUCCCAGCCACUGUGUACUAACAUACCUACUGUCCCUCUACGUCUUUUCAUGUUAUCACUGAAAGUGCACAUCGCACUUCUACCUUUCCGAAUCCUCGAUCCUAGAUCAAGCAACAUACCCAACCACGAACACUUAUUCGACCAAGCCACUUCCUGCGUCACAGAAAUCCGGUCAUUCUUCGAAUACUUCCUUUCCAUCCCACAGGAUCAAUACAUAUCCUUCUCAAUUCGAGACUGGUGCCAGUUGAUUCUAACCAUCAGCGCAUCUUCACAUAUCUGUUUCUUAUCCCCUGCCCAAAUGAGCCCAACAUGGAACGACUUCCGAACCAGGACACGAUCAAGCAUGUUAAUCUACCUCGAGAGUCUUUCUCAUCGAAUGUCAAGGCUUUCAGUGACAAAGACCGGAGAUACACCCGAUGUAUUCUUCAUGUUCAAAUCGGUAUUGGAUAUCGUUUUGUCAACGUAUGCUCCGGCUAGCGGGGAGUCUUCAUCAUCAAUGUCAAUGGGCAGUAGGGGGAAAUCUUCUAUAGGGGAGGACAUUUGUCGGGAUGUGGCUGCUGGUCCGCCUACACCUUCGACCCGCUGUCCGAUGGUAAAUGGGAGCAUCCGAGAGUCAGAGUUCUGGGAAGCUAUGAAACAGAGUGAUGUGUUCCUGGAAGGGUUGGAUGUGUAUAUUUGUCUCGCUCUAUAUAUAACUUUUGGAGACGAAUUCUUCAAAGUGGCUUGCGUUUCUUCCCCUGGUGUUUGCAUUCGAGCCUCUGCUUACGCAGCCCUAGACGAAGAUUUCUCGCAUACACCCCAGAAAAGGAGAUAUGGUUGCCGACGAGCUCCCUUAGCUAAAGUCAUCACAGACAGUUCUUGUAUUUGUGGUUGACCGUUGAGUAUAAGUAGUCGCUUUGACGUAUGUGUGGUCGAGAACUAGAAAGUGUAAGGAGCUGCGAUCAAAACGAGCCAGGGGAUCGGAAUCAAUAGGUAGAAUUUUACCAGCCCCUGCUGCUGAUUGCUGCUGAUAGGGGUACAAUAGAAAAUAUCCCACUUCCUCUUUACCCUGUAGAUUAAUGGCCUGACAUAAGACUGUCGGGUAUCGCUGUUUCUAGCUUGCAGUCCCAGCACGUAUCUAGCCAUUAAGCACCAAGAGACUACGAGGCUGAGAGAAUUAUGCUCCUUGCGUGUUCGUCCGUAAAACCAAACAAUAUGACUCAUGGAUAGUGAAUUUAGGCGGACACGUAUUUUGAGAUAAGAGCGAAAUUAAAAUGUGAUCUAGAGUCAGUCACUAGCAGGGAAGAGGGAUGUAUAUGUUGGUGUAACCGGGUGCCCCUGGAUACGCGGAAAGUCGACCCGGUGAGCGAACGCAUCCUAGAUUUGAGAAGUACGGAGUAGACAUCGAGCAAGGAAGAU